UAUAUUGUAAAUGUGUGUGUCCAUUCACUUUUUUUUCAUUUAUUAAAUAAGCAACAAGUUGCAUUUAAUGCAAAUUUAGAAUGCAAUACAAGAAACUUUUUCCUUGAAUGGUGGCAGUUAAUUUCACAGGAUUUUUAUUGUAAGAAGGUUUGUAUUACUUUUAAUAGGUGGGUUUUGGUUUAAGAGACGCCAUAUAUUAGAUUGGAAAAAAAAUGGUUUAUUUUUGUGCUUUAUUAUUUAGUUUGUUUGUUGGUCUAGGAGACGGAAAACUUAGCCCAGUAGUGAAAAUUAAAGAUGGAAUGCUUCAAGGUGCAACACAAAAUUCAGUUGGAAGUGAUAAAGUAUUUUAUGCUUUCAGGGGAAUACCUUAUGCAAAGCCUCCGAUUGGUGAUUUGCGAUUUAAGGCGCCAGUGAAAAAUGAUCCAUGGAAAGGUAUCCUGGACGUUACAAAAGACAGAGACAAAUGUGUCCAAACCGCAGGUAUACUUGGAUUAACUAUAGCCGGCUCAGAAGAUUGCCUCCAUUUAAAUGUUUACACACCAAAUGUCACAGGAAAUUUUCCAGUCAUAGUCUGGAUUUUUGGAGGAGGCUUCAGUAUCGGAGGCGCUGAUUACGAUACAUACGCUCCAGACUUUCUUCUGGAUCGAGACAUUAUUUUUGUCGCGAUGAACUAUAGACUGGGAGCUUUCGGUUUUCUUAGUACUGGAGACUUGAAUUGUCCUGGAAAUUGGGGCCUCAAGGAUCAAAUAAUGGCCCUGCGAUGGGUCAAGGAACAUAUUCGGGCAUUUGGAGGAAACCCGGAAAAAAUAAGUAUUGCCGGUCAAAGUGCUGGAUCGGCUUCUGUUUCUUAUAUACUUCAAGAUAAAAAAACUGAAGGCUUAUACAAUUCAGCGAUUUUGCAAAGUGGCUCAAGUUUGUGCUUAUGGUCAUUGUCGCGAACUCCAAGGGAAAUUGCAUUUGCAAUUGGUGCAAGAUUAGGCAUUUUCACUGCUAGUAGCGAAGAUCUGGUAAAUGAGCUAAGAAAAGUUGAUUACAGAAGGUUAAAGAGAGCGGAAAAUGACGUAAACUAUGUGGCCAUCGCUGUAGACAAUAUGUUCAACGGUAUGCCGUUAGGGCCUGCUGUAGAGCCCGAGCAUGAAGGGGCAGUUAUCACUGGAAAAAGCCACGAGCUUUUACGUACCGGACAAUUUAAUAAAAUUCCUGUCAUGCUUGGGCUAAAUUCAAAUGAAGCCAAAUCAUUCCUUGGGCUAUUUAUUGAUGUUCUAAAGCCCUUAUUUACAAGAUACGAUUUGAAUAUUGCCCGAUUGGCACCGUACGAUUUAACGAGAAACAGUACUAAAAGAAUUUUGGCCGGUAACGAAGUUAAGCAAUUUUGUUUUGGAGAUGAGCCUAUUAUGACUAGACCAUCGGCCAGUAUUAUACAAUUUAUUAGUAACGAACAAUUUAACCGACCAAUAAGAGAAACCGUAACGCAAAUGGCAAAAUACACAGAUGUUUACUAUUAUGAAUUUGGGUAUAGAGGAUCCCUGGGUGAAUUUGAAAAUUCUUAUGCAGGUGUUGGACAUUAUGAAGAGAUAUUCUAUUUGUUUGCUAAUAAAGCCAAUGCUAACAAGGAAGAUAAAUUGGCUAGAAUAAGACUUUUGGAAUUGUGGAGCAAUUUUAUUAAGCAUGGAAACCCAACACCAAAACCGGUGGAAGGAAUCACUUGGGAACCGAAUUCUCCAGUUAAAAAACAUAAUGGAAAUGUUGUGUAUUUGGGCAUCAAUUCGACACUGACAGUUAAGCAAAAUCCUAAUCAAGAAGACUGGGAAUUUUAUCAGAACUUGUAUGGAAAGUACGGAGACCCUCCUUUUUCAACAUAUUAAUUUCUUUUAUUGUUAAUAUUUAGUUUGAGUUUUUUCAAUUUAUUUAUUGUUCCUGAUGUAAAAAGACAUGUUGAAUAAAUAUAUUUAGAAAUCUUA